AUGUCGCAAGAGAAGACCCCAGCUCCCCAGCCGUACCGCCGACCGGGCGCCAAAACAGUCCCGCAGCAGCGUCCGCCUCUUCCUCCAACGACAAUGCACCCGCCUCAGGCCUCGAACCCUGUAACCGCAUCUAGGUUCUCGCCACAACAAGUGCAGGCCCUGAUGGCGCAUCCGACCGCACAAGAGGCCAUGAGGCGCGGCAUGAAUCCCCAGCAUGUCAUCGGGUGGCUUCUAAGCAGCCGUAUCCGACCAGCGGCCCCCGGCACGCAACUUCAGAGACUAAGCAGCAUAGCAAGUGGACAGCCUCGUGGCCUCCAAGUGGCAGCUGGCACGCCUCCGCUCUCUCACUCGGGAACUGCUGGUCCGAUACCGAAUACCGUGCGCUCGCCAGCCCAGCUUACGGGCCCUUCUAUGCCCAGUCAACAGCCCACCAACGCUCCUGUAGUCGCCCAGCAUUCUCCUCGUAAAGCGCCGUCUCAGCAGCAGCGAAGUGCAGCUACAGCACGAACACCGUCUUCAACCCCGAAUGCAGCGCCGAGACGGCGAGCUACCGCCGCAUCUCAGGCAAAGGGGACGACAGAUGAAAGGAACAUCCGACAUGGAACGCCUUCCGGCACCGGCAUACUUAAGAGAAAGCGCCAAUUUACACCCGGGGAUGGCGGGCAAACUGGACGGACUCCUACCGCGAGAGCCGACACACCGUUGCGCGAAGCAUCGACCGCGGAUGACGAAGACGACUUCCCCUCUUCAAGAGCAAAUCUACGCUCGGCAAAUCGGACAGUCGCGCGGAAGGGCCGAGCUAGCCUGACAAGAGGAGACACUCCAGGCCGCGAUACACCACACGCGACUGUAGAGACGCCAGAUACUGCAGUCAGCGGCAUGCGCAGUGCUCGUAGGCGGCGUAUAGUCUACGACGCCGAAGACGAGGACUUCGCGCCUGCGAGUCCUGCGCCCGAUGCCCGAGGCGCCACACGGUCGGCAAGUCCUGAGGAACCUUCAGCAGUACACCGCCAUCGUAGGCCCCAAAAUGUAGAAGCUGCACCGCAGCUGGACUACGAUGUCCCGAAACAGCUUGAGAGUACGAAAGCGGCCAUGGGCGAGCCCAAUUGGAUCGAGUACGUGAAGCUGAUGGAAGCGCAUUACGACGGAGCUAUUCUUAUCGAGGAAUUUGAUCGAGCGGCAGCGCUGCUGUUUCGUGUGCACGACGAGAAGACACGCAAUAUGAUCAGGCGACUCGUGAACAAGAUGGUCGCGGACGCCAACGACGUUCGGACUCACGGGCAAAGGAUAUGA